CUCACUCUCCCCGUGUCUCACUUUCCCCGUGUCUCGCCCUCCCCAUUUCUCACGUUCCCCGUGUCUCACUCUCUGCUGUGUCUCCCCCCCCCCCCCCCCUCGUGUUUCAACCUAUGGUGUGUCUCCCAGUUCUCGCCCUCACAGUGUCUCACUCUCUCAGUGUGUGCCCACGCCACCUGUGUGGGCGAGACUCGGCACGGGUGAACCCAACUGCACACACACACACCUGUGCACACACACACACACCUGUACACACACACCUGUGAACACACACACACCUGUACGCACGCGCACACGCACACCGGUGCACACACGCACACCGGUGCACACACGCACACCGGUGCACACACGCACACCGGUGCACACACGCACACCGGUGCACACACACACACCUAUACGCACGCGCACACACACACACCCGUGCGCGCUGGAAGAUGGAGGCCGACAGAGAGAAGGCGCAGCUGCUGGAGGAAGGGAAUGCAAAGAGCGCCUACCUCACCUACCUGCGCAACUCCGUGAGCAGCGUUAACAGCCUCCUCCAGGCGACGGACUCGCCGCCGCGCAAGUUCCCCGACGGCGCUGGCGUGGAUUUGGCGCACGAGGCGCUGGGCCACAGCCCGUGCCACUCGGAUGCCGGCGGUCAGAGGCGGAGGCGGCGCGAGGAGAGCGAGCGAGCCAAGAGGCAGCUGUACCUCGUCAGCGUCAUCUGCUUCGUCUUCAUCAUCGGGGAGGCGGUCGGUGGCAUCCUCGCGCACAGCCUGGCCAUCAUGACCGACGUCGCCCACCUGCUCACCGACUUUGCAAGCUUCUCCAUCAGCCUCCUGUCGCUGUGGCUCGCUGACAGACCCACCAGCAAGAGGAUGACGUUCGGCUGGUAUCGGGCAGAGAUCCUGGGCGCACUGCUCUCCAUCUUCUCCAUCUGGGUGGUGACCGGCGUGCUGGUCUACCUGGCUGCCUGCCGCAUGAUCUCGCGAGACUUCGCCAUCGAAGGGACGGCCAUGCUCGCCACCUCCGCUUGCGCCGUCAUCGUCAACAUCAUCAUGGCUGUUCUCCUCGCGCGAGGCCAUCACUCCUCCGGACCCAGCGGGGACUCGGAGGCUCCCCCAGCGGUGCCUCUUCACCUGCACGGCCACUCGCAUCUGCAGAGCCACUCUAACCCGAGCAUCCGCGCCGCCUUCAUCCACGCCCUCGGAGACCUCCUGCAAAGCAUCGGCGUCCUCGUCGCUGCCUGCAUUAUCUUCUUUAAGCCAGAGUACAAGCUCGUUGACCCCAUCUGCACGUUCAUCUUCUCCCUCUUCGUCCUCGUGACCACCAUCACCAUCUUGCGCGACGUGCUUCAGGUGCUGAUGGAGGGUGUCCCUCUGGGUGAGCGAUUCGACGACGUGCAGGGGUCGCUCCUGUCCAUGCCGGGCGUGCAGGCCGUGCACGACCUCCACCUGUGGUCGCUCACCUCGGGGCGCCGCGCCGCCUCGGCUCACCUCGUCACCGGCCCGGGGGAGCCGGCCAUGCAGCCGCUGCUGCAGGAGGCGACGCGCCGCCUGCGCGAGCUGCACGGCUUCCACGAGGUGACCCUGCAGCUGGAGCCCUACAACGCGACCAUGGCAACUUGCCCCGACUGCAAGGAGCCGCGCUCAUAGGCAGAGCACCGAUAAGUCGCCACGGCAACCCACACCACCACCACCAACGCUGGCCGACGACACGAACACCGACCGCCGCAGCACGAGCGCUGCCAUGGGCACAAGCAACGCCACUGACACGGCCAGAGCUUCUGUACCGAGCACACCGUGCUGCCGCACCGGCUCUGCCACCGCACUCACGCUGCAAUGGCACCAACCACUACCACCGUGGCAAUAGCAUGGCAACGGUUGACAGGCCGCCAAAUCGUUCUCCAUUUCAUCCCAACCCUUACGCCGUAGUCACACGACCCAUCCAUGGUGGCCAACCUGCCACAGCACUCAGCUGCUGUGAACACCCUUAUUUGUGUCAGUUGUGUUGCCGUGUCAACUGGGAUAACGCUGCAAUGAACAACCUUGAGGUCCAUGUGAGUGGCUGACCGCUGGAUAUCCCGUGGAGAGGAUGGCUCUCACAAUGUAAAUGUGAAUUUCCCAAAAUUGGCUCAGGACCACGCAUGGAAAUGAAACGUGGGGCACCUGGGGCUUUUAUACUUUUAACCUUUUUUUGCGUUAAGUGUUUACAAACUACGGUGCGUUCCCGCGUGUGUCCUUCCCCUGGCGCACGUUCCCCACACGUUGGACUGUAAUAAAUGUGCGUGUGCAUGCCCUGUCUGCCUGCGUGUCACUUACAGCCAACGGUGCAAUGUCUUUGACGAAUAUUCAAACAACAUCGAUCCGUUAUGUAACCGAGAGAGGUGUCGAGAUAACCGAUUCGUGGGUUUUUGUGGCUGUGCUGCCGCAACAGUUUCCCGAUGCAUCUCCGGGGUGUACCACGUGUUGUGCGGAAACCACGUCUGAAAAAGAUCCCACGCACGCAGAGCAAAAUGUUAGACGGAAUUCCCCACAAGAAAAACACAUCGGAGAGUGAUGCGUCUCUCAAUGCUUUCGUCAAGGAUUUGCCAUUGAGCUGUUUGGCAAAUGCUUAAUUAGAUGUAUUUGCUUUUUUCAUACGAGAGCAUAGCAGAGUGUGUAUGUGUUGAAAACCUAUGCAUACAAGAAGAUGAUGCUAUAAAUUUAUAAAGAUUGAUAUUCUUCGUAUUCUUUGGUUCUUUCGAUAAAGAUUAAGUUAGCAAUCUACCUGCUAUACUGCUUUAUAAUGGCCGCCUCUGCCGAGAAUAUUAGCUCAUAUUUCGACCAAGGUUAGUCAUCCAAUCAUCAUUACCAUUGUCAUAAUCUUCACCAUCAUCAUGAAAAUUACCAUCGUAAUCGUUAUCAUAGUCGGCAUCAGCAUCAUCAUCACAUCAUCUCCGUGGGGCUGAUAAAAGGGGUACCUCAUGGAGUUGCUUCCCCAUUGUGUGACAAGUAGUACUUAAUGUUUUGUUUAAGGAUCUUAGAUGCUGGACCCUGCCGUAAGAAUGUGGAAAUUCCACAGCUAUCUUAGGAGCUAGCUUCAAGCCAUAUGUAUUUGUUCGCAGUGCUCCCAUUGUCUCCAUGGGAACGACUCUGUGAGAAGUCAUCCGCGCAGGAGGCUCUGUGCUCACAAUCAGCUUGCGAGUUCAAACCCCAGCCGGGGGGUCGACCCAUUCCAUCACCCCCCUCCCCCACCCUCCUCGGAUGAAUAAAAUAAGUAACACACUGUGAGAAGUCAGGAGUGGUUUACUUAUGGAGAGACUCUUCAUCUUAAGAAUGUGUAAUUUCCACUACUAGCGCAGGGCUGCCAAUAAAAAAACAAGCGGCCCUUUUUGCCAAUCCACCGCUGGAUGAGGGCCUCCCUACGCCGUGCGGGUCGUGGCGGUUAUCUGACCAUACACCAAUACGCUGGUCUAUGCGGGUUAAUGGUGGAGAGCAUAAAACUACCGUACAACAAUCUAUGUCGCUGCACGCGGUUCUGCUGUCCACAAUGCAACCCCGCAGCCUAUAACACCUGUUCCGCAUGGUGGCGCCUAUCCGCCGGGCACUGUCCACGCUCGACCCUGCUGAGCAUCGGAGAUGUACGUUGAACUUAUUUCGCACCGUCCGUAGCGAACCGGUGAUCUGGUCGUAGGUCGGUGUGAAUUGUGGAACCGUUAUGAAUCCAUUCCUACCUCAUUCAUGCGAGUUUGACCCCAGCGCUUGCAAACGGUGCCCGAAAGCUCCCGCUGUAUCGUCGUCUCGUCUCACUCUAUGCAAUCUCUAAAAUCUCACCGGCACCUCCCGUGCCCAUGCAUGAAGUUGUCUAAUGAUGAGACAUGCUGGAUCACCGUUGUCUCGAGUAAAUAUUUUUGUUCUAGCA